AUGACGGACUGCUACUUUGAGAAGAAGGAUUGGAGGGUGUGUGCUUCCGAAAUGCCACCAGCCAUGCGUGUUUGCUGGAUCGUGCAAUCUCGUUCCUUCUCAUCUCUGCAUCCUUCAACCCUUUUGGACGUCAAUCAACCCGGCGCCUUCUCCAUCACGCCAGUCCCGACAACCAUGAACGCCUCCCGGACAGCCCUGUCGCAGGGCCAGAGGCAAUUGCGCUCCUCCAGCCGCUUCGCCACGCGCAGCCUCACGGCACUCUCCACACGAUUCUGGUCGACGUCCUCUGCAGCUCCAGACGCAUCAUCCAAGACAAUACCGCCCGCGCCAAAAGUCUCAGCUCUACCAGACACCGCCAAGCCGACGCCCACAAAAGCCGCACCCUCCAAACCAGCCGCCCCCAAGCCCUUUUCGAAGCCCUAUUCCACCGCGACCAGCAGCAGCAGCAAAGCCGCCACCGCCUCGUCCGCGAUCCCCAGCGACCUUUUCUACCAGCCGACAACGGUCGCGCACGCCGAAGAGACGGUGGGCGGCGACGAUGCCGUCAUUCCCGCGGUGGACUGGUCCGCGAGCUUCCACGGCAUCGCGAGCCGGCCGGUGUCGCAGCGGCAAUUUGCCGCGCUCCUGCGGCCGCUCGACAUCGACGACAUCGAGGUCAAGCCCGACGGCAUCGUCUACCUCCCCGAGAUCCGCUACCGGCGGCGCCUCAAUGAGGCGUUUGGGCCAAUGGGCUGGGGCCUGGUCCCAAAGGGCGAGGCCGUCGUCGGGGAUUCCGUCGUCACACGCGAAUACGCCCUGAUUGUGGAUGGAAGAUUCGUCUCGCAAGCACAGGGCGAAAACUCAUACUUUGGCGCCGACCAGCUCCCGUCCGCCGUCGAGGGCUGCAAGUCCAACGCGCUCAUGCGCUGCUGCAAGGACCUGGGCAUUGCCUCGGAGCUUUGGGACCCGAGCUUCGUUCGCUGGUUCAAGAAGAACCGCAUGGAGGAGGUCUGGGUCGAGCACGCCACCACCAAGAAGAAGCGCACGCUAUGGUAUCGCAAGGGCGCCGUCGACGUCGCGUAUCCCUGGCGUCAGGCGAAAUAG